AUGGUUUCCACCACCAAGUCCUUGGACGAAAGUGAGUUCACCAUUGAGACAGAGGGCAAGACUUUCAAACUCACCAAGGACAUGGUUAACGUCAAGAGGUUCCAGAAGACCCUGCACGUUGAGGAGGUUGUUCCUAAUGUGAUCGAACCCUCCUUCGGCAUCGGGAGAAUCAUGUACUCCAUCUUUGAGCACACAUUCCGUAUCAGGGAGGGGGAUGAGCAAAGAACGUAUUUCAGCUUCCCUGCCACUGUUGCACCAUACAAAUGCUCCGUCCUUCCAUUGAGCCAAAAUCAGGAAUUUAUGCCAUUUGUUCAAGAAUUAUCUGAAGCCUUGACCAGGAAUGGUGUCUCCCACAAGGUGGAUGAUUCCUCAGGAUCUAUUGGCAGACGCUAUGCCAGAACGGAUGAGAUUGGUGUGGCAUUCGGUAUCACCAUCGAUUUUGACACGGUUAAUAAGACGCCCCACACGGCCACUCUGAGAGACCGUGACUCCAUGAGGCAGAUCAGGGCUGAGGUUAGUGAAUUGCCCGAAAUCGUUCGUGACCUGGCCAAUGGUGCCAUCACAUGGACAGAGGUGGAAAGCAAGUACCCGAUCUUUGAAGGCCAGGAGACCAGCAAAAAGGAAAUAACAUUUGACCAGUACUGCAUAUAA